AUGGCAUCUGAAGUCGACUCAACCGUGGUAGACUCUUUGUCUCCAGACGUUGAUGGUAUGAGGGAGCUUGUCCCCGGCUCAGUGGAAGACAAUGGCAACGUUGAGCUUGGGGCGUCCUCAGUUGCGGAGCUUGGCGCACUUGUCGAUGUAGCUGUUUCGAACGACUCCGACAUUGUGCUUCUAGUCGAGCCUGCGCUGAACGAUGGGGAUGCUGACAAUGUCUCGCUUUGGGAGCUCGAGAACGCUGAAGAGUCAUCGGAAAUGGACGAUGACUCCAGAAUCGGCGAGCUAAUCGCUGUAGGUGGCGUUUCAGCACUUGACGAGACCCAUGUCGUUGUGUCUGCGGCAAUCGUUGUGGCAGUCGAGGAACCCAGCAAGUCAACCGACGUCGUCGAUGCUACGGAGGACAACCCUAAAGAGCUGGUCACAUCUCCUGAAAUAGACGCAGACGACUCCUCCGGCGUCGUCGAUGCUGUAGAGGACGGUUCUGAAGAGCUGGGCACUUCUUCCAGUAGAGAUGAUGUAGAUGAAUCAAACGACGUCGUCGAUGCUACGGAGGACAGUUCUGAUGAACUGGUCACAUCUCCUGAGGAAGCCGCAGACGUUGACGACGCAUCCGACGUCGUCGAUGCUGCAGGAGACGACGCCGAAUAG